UUUGGUUACUGUCUCUGUUGUGGAAGUCAUUUUGCUGGUCCAGUGUAUGAAAUGAAGGACUACCUUGACUGGACGGAGAGAAAAGGCAUCUGGAAAUCUACUGAGAAAGGACAUCCAUCACCUUUUGGGGCAACUUUGAGGGCUCUUCUUCAAGCUGCUUUUUGUAUGGGGUUGUACCUCUACUUGGUGCCUCUUUACCCACUUACCAGGUUCUCUGACCCACUAUACCAAGAAUGGGGUUUCUUGAAACGGUUGAGUUACCAAUAUAUGUCGGGAUUUACUGCCCGGUGGAAAUAUUAUUUUAUCUGGUCAAUCUCAGAAGCCUCUAUCAUUAUUUCUGGCUUGGGGUUCAGUGGUUGGACAGACUCUUCUCCACCAGAACCACGGUGGGACCGUGCAAAAAAUGUUGAUGUAUUGGGUGUUGAGCUGGCAAAAAGUUCAGUUCAGUUACCUCUUGUAUGGAACAUUCAAGUCAGCACCUGGCUGCGACACUAUGUAUAUGAGAGGCUCGUACAGAAGGGAAGGAAGCCUGGUUUCUUCCAGUUGCUGGCUACACAGACUGUCAGUGCUGUAUGGCAUGGAUUAUAUCCGGGGUACAUUAUAUUCUUUGUUCAGUCCGCUUUGAUGAUUGCUGGAUCAAGAGUCAUUUACAGAUGGCAGCAAGCUACAAAAGGUACUUUGUUUGAGAAGAUACUAGCAUUGAUGAACUUUGCAUACACACUGUUGGUUCUAAACUACUCGGCUGUUGGCUUCAUGGUAUUAAGUCUGCAUGAAACACUCACUUCUUAUGGAAGUGUGUACUAUAUCGGAACCAUUAUACCGAUUGUACUAAUCCUGCUCGGUAAAGUGAUUAAGCCAGCAAAACCUGCAAGAUCUAAAGCUAGAAAAGAAGAGUGAGUUCUAUCAUGCUUCUCGAGAUUGGUUGCUUAGAUUUUUUUGUUGGAGAAAUAGCGCUUUGCUUCCGCUUCUUUUAUUUGUUUUAUGAGUCUGAAGAACAUCUGUUUCUGAUUGCUGGUAAAGCAAUUUGUUUGGGCACAAUAGGACCUCUAGCAUUGUUCCUUCCAAUUAACUGGCUGCAAAAAGUCAUGUAGCCAACUGUUAAGCAUCUUGAAAUUUUUUUGGCAUCGUUCAUCCGAUCUUUUUACAGAACGUAUAAUAUAACAUAACUUGAAAAUUA